AUGUACGGGGGAUAUAUCCUGUUGGCGGUGGUGCAGAUCGCGAUCGAGAGGGGAUGGCACUUCCUGCCCCAGUCGGACUACGCGGCCAUGAUGGUGGGGGUCGCUGGGGAGUGGUUCCUCUUCACGUGGCAUUUCGACCGAGGUCCACUGGAGAUCAUGCUCCACGAAUGCGCGAAGCUGAUCCUGCAAGCGAAAUUCCUCUCCCACCUGCUGGAGCUAUUCCGCCGCGCGGACCCGCUCGCCGCCGUGUUCCGCGGCUACUGCUUCCUCCUGCAGGCGACCUGGUUCUUCCAGACCGGCUGGAUCGUCCUCCCGCCCUGGCAGACGACGUGGGAGAGCGAGAACCACUUGCACGUCGUCCUCGUCACCGUCGCCUUCGUUCUUCAUCUCGUCCUGGACGCCGCCUUCGUCUUCGCUCUUAAUAUCGUGGUCGCCAGGGUCCAGCAGAGACGGUACGAGAGGCUUAAAUUCCAUGUCGACGGAAGUCCCACGAUCGUUACCGAAAGAGCUUCCAAGAAAUCAAAGCCUCGUGGAAUGUCAUACUAUCAGAAGCUUAGAAAGCGCAACAUUGCGGAGAAGAUGGCUUUACUUGCAUCACUUGGUGUCUCAACUGAUAUCAAAACUCUCCAUGAACAAGUGUCUAAGAAGAGGCAUCUGAAAAGGUGAGCAA